AGAUAUUACAUGAUACAGAUUUUUCUCCAGUGUCUAUUUUCAAAUGGUAUAUCUGAAACCUUUAUUGUUGUCACUCAUCACAACAAGAUAGAUCAAAUUCACUUCAUUGUGGUGAGUGACAAGCUUAUAAGUUUAUGUGUGGUUGUGUGUACGUAGGUUAGCGUGCGGAGGUGGAAAGAAACAACUGAAGGGUUAAGUAGACAAAGGUGUUAACUAGCAAAUAGUUCUAAACGAGUAAGGAGCGUUUGAAAAUAAUAAAUAAUCAAAUUAGUUUAGUAAUUAAAUCUUAUAGUUUUAUAAUAAAAUAUUAGUACCAAUACUUAGAUAACAUUGAUUAUUAUAUAUAUAUUAUAUUAAAAAAUAGGUUAUUCUAUGCAAAUUUAUUAAAAAACAAUGAAAAUAUGAACAUACCACCUUUGUUUACUAUAAAUCAUUUCAAAGUUGUUAAGAAGAACUUACAAAGGCUCUAUGUGGGGAAAAAAAUAAAAUACCAUUAUUUAUAUAAAAUAGUUUUAUUAUUAAAAUAAUUCUAAUGAAUUUUAUAAUUUUAUAAGACUAUUUAUUCAUUAUUGAGAAUUUAGAAUAUUUAUGUAAAAUCACUGAGACUCCCGCUCAACAUAAUUAAGUAGUGUUCUUAUAUCACCAAGUUUUUCUUUUGAAAUUUUACCCUUGUUCACCCUUGAUCAUGUCACAUCUAAUGGACACUGUUGGGAUAACAUCAUAUUUUUUAGAAGAAAGACUUCCGGAAAUGGUGUGUAGGGGUCAUAGUUUGUCUUAUGAAAAUAUCUGCGAAAGUCUUCAAUGUGAAUCCACUUGACAUUAAAUUUUAAGUUGAUUUUUUGUUUUAAUGUAUUUGAGUUAGGUAUUACUAUCUCCAAAUCGUCUUUUAAUUUGUUAAAAUCGUAAUAGUGGUGAUUCAUAUCUUCAAUAACCGAAUUUUAUUUUGAUACCAUUCUAAUUCAUCAUCAUCAUUACAGCCAUCCAUAAGUCCACUGCUGAACAUAGGCCUCCCCCAAGGAAUGCCACAAAGCACGGUCCUGACUCCUGAGCCACCUGCAUCCAUAGAGUUCCUGUAUAUCUUCAUAUCCUCAUUUCUAAGUUUAUCACGCAGAGAAACUCCGAGCACAGCCGUCUCCAUAGCUCACUGAGCGAACUUGAACUUCCUCAUACAGCCAGCAGUGAAUAACCAUGUCUCAAUUCAAAAAGUUAUCACUAGCAACAUGCACUGUUUGUAUAGUCACGUUUUCAAGUUUUAAGGUAUACCUGACGAGAAGAUGUGUCGUGAUUUCCCGAACGCUGCCCAGUUGAGUUGAAUCCGUCGAUUGAUCUCGGUCGAAUUUGGACUUACCUAGUCGGACUAUUUGUCCCAGUUAAACAUACUCGUCAUCAACUUCGAGCUUAGUGCUCCCAACAACUACCGGCAUAGGUGUGACAUGGACUGAAAUAUAUACUUUGUUUGCGCCAAACGCUAAAAUUUAAAAUUACUAUAACGGAGGCGCGUCGGCGCGCUUCUCCGAUGUACAUAGCACCGGCUGGCACGCGGCUCGCGGGCGCCUCGCCAUCGCACAAGCUACCAAUUCGUUGUCUGAGGGCGGAGCUGCGCUGGGCCGCUAGCGCCCAUGCUUUGAUAGGUCGACCAGAUAGUGUCUAUAACUUGAAGAAGCGGCUUGAGAAGGUCGAUGCUCGAAGGGCCGCAGUGGAGGCUUACGCUGGGCUAGAGGACUCGAAUGUGGAAAAGGGAGUCCUGGACUCCUGCCGCGCGGACUACGAGCAGUUCCUUUUGCUCACGGACGACUUGAUCGAGGCGGGGGCCAAGGAUGCGGAGGAAGCGCGUGAAGCUCGGCUGAGUGGCCGGCCCGAGUCCCCUCGGAAGCAGCCUACUCAGCCGGAGCUGUUAGGACGACUCCCGACUCUGGACCUGCCAAGGUUCUCCGGGGUCCUCUCCGAAUGGCUAACUUUCGUCGGUCUGUUUGGCAGCCUAGUGGACGCCCGGAGGGACUUGACACCCAGCCAGAAAAUGGGGUACCUCCUAGCCUCAUUGGAGGGGGAGGGCCUGGACGUCGUCGGCCACCUGAAAUUGUCAGACAACGCCUACCAGAAUGCUCGGGACCUCCUCGCCAGAAGGUCAACGCCAACGUCCGGCGGAUUGCGGACGACUACGUUCGGAAGCUGCUAAACCACCAGACCAGACUACGUACGGACAUCGUGAAUCCAGUCGUGGUGGCUUGCAACUCGUUGCGGCGGCUGGAUUUACCGGUGGUUGCUCCACAUUGUGCUGUCCCGCCUGCCUCUCGAUCUUCGGCUCCAUUUCGAGGAGAGGUACGGCGGGGACGGCGCCUCCCUUCCUAUAUUCCUCCCUUCAGGGAAUUGCUGCGGUUCUUGGAGGAGCAGUGCAGGCAGAUGGAGAACGCAGCAGGUGCCGUCGAGGACCCCCCGGUUGUCGCCCGAGCGGUGUCCAGGGAGAGGUGGAAUCUGACGAGCAAAGCGUCGCCAACCCCCCUAAGUCCGAGCGGAGCUCCCGCGGGAGGGCGCCGCCCCCUGCCUUCUUAUAGCGGACUAGCGGCCAGGGAGGCGCCCCCCUGCUCCUAUUGUCAGGCAUCCGAGCAUCGAGUGACAGCCUGCCCAAAGUACCUGGGCAAGCCGGUCCCGGCGAGGCGAACCAUCGCCAGGGAGCGCCUCUGGUGCUACUUUUGCCUGGAAAGGCACUUCUUAAGGGACUAGCAGCACCAGCGGCCCUGUAAGCACUGCCAGGGCGCCCACCAUACAAUUUUGUGCCUGGGUGCGAACAGCGCACCCGCUAGGGGCUCUGCCGGGUCACCGGCUCCCACGGGCGGGGACGCCCAGCCACGCCCGACGCUUGUCGCUCGCCUACCGGCCUCCGUGCUCCUGGGUUUAAAAGGGGCCCCUCCACCGACCAGUCGGGGGGCCGUCCCCCAGGGUCGGGGGGGUCAUCGCCCCCCCCUCAGUGAGUCGAUAGGAAUCUCACGGCCACUCAGCGGUCCGCUAGACCCAUCUCCUCCCCUUUAGCUGAUUUGAUUCAUUUUGUGGUCGAAUGUUGACAUUAUAAGAUGGCGCUUCCAGUGUACGCUGCCUUGGAGUUAUGGAGUGUAGAGUAGAAGGAGAACCAUCUCUGUAUAUGAAAAGUGUCCCUAAAACGCGUCCAAUAAGGGUGGCGCUGUAGUAGCAUAGGAUGAAUUUAAAAAAAGCGCCAAAAUUUAUUAUAAUAAGAUGGAGAAAUAAACAAGGACCGGCCAAUCUGCUUGGUUUUGUACUACGUAAAUAGUUGAGGUUUUGUAUACUGGCAUUUUACUAACUACUCUAGUCAUGAAAUUUUUUAAAUAUUUUAAUUCAGCUGACUUCACUCCGUCAACAACAGCUAUAUUCAUAUCGUAGUUUUUCAGACGCCAGCGCUAUUGUGGUAGGUUUUGGAACCUCUAUUUUCAGUAAAUAUUGGGACACUUUUUCAACUUUCGCACCUUAUAAGAUGGUUCUCCUUCUACUCUACACUCCAUACUUGGAGUGUUACGGGUGUAUUCAUAAUCAUUUUUAAACAGUUCAUUAGUUAAAAAGUGUUUUGUCUCAUUCUGACAUUUGCGAGAUACUUGUUGCUAGAAAGUGACAAAACACUUUUUAACUAAUGAACUGUUUAAAAAUGAUUAUUAAUACAGCCGUUAGUGUUUAGGCACAGAUUAUGCAUUAUUGGUGAAAGUUUUAUAUUGUCCAAAGACCACGCUAGAUAAUUGUGCAAAAUGCCUCUACGAUUGGUUUCGUAUUGAAUGAAAUUUUUAUGCGAAAAAUUUAAAUUACAACUACAUCAGCGGCACGGAAUCUUGGCCAAGCGGUUAUCUCGCGAUAGCAAAAGCUUUAAGUGUUUCUGAUGAAUGUUUGUUAUGCAGGUAUGUCAAAAAAUGUUUGCUCUCAAGUUCAAGAGGGUAAUUCAUUAUGUUUAAGUGCACCAUGACGAAUUCUUUAAUUUUUAGUUGAAUCGGGUCGUUUGAGCGACUAAGUUCACAUUUUAAAUUUGUGUGUUGUGAAAAGUUUACUGUAAGGUUAUUCAAUUAUUGUGAUCUUGUGUCUUAAUUCAAUAACUAAAGGUGCUUUAAAGCCAAUCAAAAUGCCAUUAACACCAGUACAAGUUGCACAAGCAGUAGCAUUAAUUGACCAAGGGCUGACACAGCGUGAAGUUGCUAUUGUGCUUAACGUACCACGGUCCUCAAUGCAGUAUUCACUGAAACGAUACCAGGAGACAGGACGCUACACCCGCAGGCCAGGCAGUGGGGGCGUAAGGUGCACAUCGGCCCGGGACGAUCGUUUUAUUGUUAUGGAGAUUUUGAGAAACCGCUACCUGACCGCUGUUGAGAUACGCCAGCGGCUCCAAAUCGCAAGAGGCGUUAAUGUUAGUAAGCGUACGGUGAGAAGACGAAUGGAGGAAGUGAAUUUAAAAGCUCGUAGACCAGCACGAGGUCCAGAACUUCUCAGACAGCACCGAGUAGCCCGACUUCAGUUCGCAAGAGAACAUGUCAAUUGGACCCACGAGCAAUGGGCUAGUGUUGUUCACAGAUGAGUGUCGAAUAGCUUUACGUGCUCCAGACGGUCGAGAACGAGUGUGGAGAAAAAGAGGAGAGAGGUUUCUACCCAUUACCACCACCCAAACUGUGAGUUUCCAUGGAGGCUCAAUAAUGGUAUGGUGUGUAAGUGGUGUGUAAUGAGGUGUAAGUUCCGACGCACGUACAGAGUUGGUCAUCGUCGGCUUACAGUUACUCGAUACAUCGAGGAAGUUCUUCAGGAGCACGUAAUGCCUUAUUCGGGAUUCAUUGGACACGACCAAUUCCUCCUCAUGCACGAUAAUGCACGCCCGCACGUCGCACAUUGUGUAGAGGAAUAUCUGGAAGAGGUUGGAAUACAAAAAUUACAGUGGCCAGCUCGUAGCCCGGACUUAAAUCCAAUUGAGCAUGUAUGGGGUAUGUUCAAAAGAAAGAUAAAGUCCAGCUCCAAACCGCCACAAACUCUAAAUGAGCUCCGAAAUGCAGCGCUGGCCGCUUGGGACAGCAUACCGCAAGUUGAUGUCAGAAACAUCAUUCAAAGCAUGCCAGAUCGAAUGCAAGCGGUUAUCAGGGCUAGAGGAGGAAACACCCGAUAUUAAAACUGAUAGACAAUAAAGAAACAGACUUAAUUUUUAACUUUGUAGUGUUUUUAAAGUGACAAUGGAAAGAUGUUAAUUUUAGUGAAAACAUGUUAUCUUGAAAAGAAAAAUUUCGGUGAAGUAAACAUUAAAUUUCUACGUUCUAAGACCAUUAGAGACACUUAUUGAAUGCAUCUACCCUUAAUUUACUGUUAAAAAAACGUUUUAGUGCAAAUAAUCAGCAAAUUCACAAGUGGCCAAGUUUCCGUGCCGGUGAGUGUACUAUUAUAAUAUAUAUUAUAUAGAUUGCAUGUUUCGUUUAGUAUGUUUGUUUAUAAAUUUAAAAAGAAUUUGGAGAUCUCGACAAUAAAAUAUCGCUUCGAAUAACUUAUUUAUUAUCAACCAAUGAUUGUUUUUUUUUUUUGCAUUGAAUACUGUGUGUUUGGACAAAAUUUUUGAGGAUUAUCCCAAUUUUUGAUUAUAGUGUCGUUGAAUGAUACAUUCUAAAUUGUAUGAAAGAGUUGUACCCGUUUAGGCGUAGAUUUGGCUAAAAUUAAAAUAUAAUUAUGUACACAAACAAAUUAUAAAUAAUUAUAUCUCUCUCCUACUAUAUCUUGUUUAAAGUUGGUUAAUAUAUUCUACUAUAAUAUAAUCGUCAAACUAUCUCCACGUCACUUCUCAGUAUCGCAACCACACUAAUCCAUGUGUAUCUAAUUUGUAUUUAAAUUUAAAUUAUUUACUAAUAUGCAUAGCGAGGAUAUGAAAUUAUCUCAUUACUUUAUUAUUUUAUGUAAAUACGUGAAUAAAGAGACAUUUGAAUG